AGAGAGAGAAUUUGGUACGCUGCUCAGUUUCCUUUCUUUUUUUCCUUUUCCCUUGGCCCCAAAACUCCGAAGUUGGUGGGUCUUCUUCAUUCUUCACCGUCAAGAGAGGAAAUUUCAACCGAACCUCUGAACCGAACCUCUAAUCAAAAUAGCAGCUUUAGCUGUUCUGUGUGCUUAAGAUUGGAUUUUGCUGUAGAAUUUGAGAUGGGUAGUAGAAGUUGGAGAAUUUUUCUGCUUUCUUUGAAGUAGUGAAUAAAGAGAGGAACUGGAGAAGAAAGCAACAGUGAUGAGUUUUAAGAGUAGAGGAGGAGGAGGAGGAGAGAUUUCUUCGAAGAGCUUAACUUCCAAGAAAUGGACCUUUUUGCUUUGUAUUGGGAGCUUCUGUCUCGGUCUCUUAUUCACAAAUAGAAUGUGGACAAUGCCUGAAGCAAAAGAUAUCAUCAGGACAACUGGGACUGGAGAAAAUAAGAUGAAGCUUGUUUCUAGCGAUUGCAAUUCACGAAUUAUGACUGAAAUGCAAGAGCCUAAGAGCAUCAUAGGAAAAGCUCCCAAGACCCAUACUACUAUACAGACUUUAGAUAAAACGAUAUCAAGCUUAGAAAUGGAACUAGCAGCAGCAAAGGCUGCACAAGAGUCUAUACUUAAUGGGUCUCCGUUAUCAGCAAACUCAAAGAUCACCGAAUCCCAUAGAAAGCAUAAAUAUUUAAUGGUUGUAGGAGUCAAUACUGCGUUUAGCAGUCGUAAGCGAAGAGAUUCAGUUCGUGCUACUUGGAUGCCUCAAGGUGAAAAGAGAAAAAAGCUGGAGGAAGAGAAGGGUAUCAUCAUUCGUUUUGUUAUCGGCCAUAGCGCUACUUCUGGCGGGAUUCUUGAUAAAGCAAUCGAAGCGGAGGAUAGAAAGCAUGGGGACUUCAUGAGGCUGGAUCAUGUUGAAGGAUACCUUGAAUUGUCAGCCAAGACCAAAAUAUAUUUUGCUACUGCUGUUUCUAUGUGGGAUGCGGAGUUUUACAUCAAAGUUGACGAUGAUGUACAUGUAAAUAUAGCAACCCUUGGAAUUACUUUAGCCAGGCACCGUUCAAAGCCUCGUGUGUAUAUUGGAUGCAUGAAAUCUGGUCCUGUUCUUGCUCAAAAGGGAGUAAGAUAUCAUGAACCUGAGUAUUGGAAAUUUGGGGAAGCUGGAAACAAAUAUUUUCGUCAUGCCACCGGCCAGCUAUAUGCCAUUUCCAAAGAUCUGGCAACUUAUAUAUCCAUAAAUCAGCAUGUGCUACACAAAUAUGCAAAUGAGGAUGUUUCACUUGGAGCCUGGUUUAUUGGAUUAGAUGUGGAGCAUAUUGAUGACCGGAGAUUAUGUUGUGGUACCCCUCCUGACUGUGAAUGGAAAGCUCAAGCAGGCAACCUCUGUGUUGCCUCUUUCGACUGGACCUGCAGUGGCAUUUGCAAAUCCGCGGAAAGGAUUUCAUAUGUUCAUCGUCGCUGCGGUGAGGGGGAGAACGCUCUGUGGAGUGCAACCUUUUGAUUGACUAACCCGGUCGUAUGAAGUGUACGUAAUUUGAAUUGGAAGAAGAGGAUUUAUAUUAUAUAUAGUUGGUACUAUUACUACUUUAUAAAAGAGGGAGUGAGGGAGCUUUCCUGUUUUGUUGGAGAAGAUCCUGAAGCAGAAAGAGGGGAAAUGAGGGAGAGAGAGAGAGAGAGAGAGGGAGAGGCUAUUGGGGCCCCUCCUGUAUUCUUUGAGACUACGUGGGUGGCCAUUUUGUAUCUUAGUAGCACUUGUGUAUGGCUGCCAUUAAAGUAAUAAGUGCUAUUUUUUGGGUUAAUAUUUGAACCUGAUCUAACCCUAUAGUUCACUUUUUUAAACCAGGUAUAAAUAAAGAAUCUUAGUAUUCAGACA